CCUGUGAACCUGCAAGGAAACCUAAGAUUGUGGCCUAAUUUCACACCCUUUCUUUUUGCCAGGUUAGAAUGAAGCAUCUGGUCACUUAUUUCUUUGUGUUUGGCUUGAAUGUCAUUGCUGCUCAAGAGUCUGUCCAUGCAGAGGAAUGCAUCUUUCAGAAGCUGGAUGGGAGGGAUGCUGACUUUUGCAGAGGGGGGUUAGAAGUUUUGUAUCCAGAACUGGGAGAUGUUGGCUGCACGUAUAUUCCGAAGUGCAACCAGCACCGAAAGCAGAUCAGCAAGGAAUGGAGCAGCCCAGAUGUCAGAUACCAGAAGGCAGAUAGGAAUAAGCUAUAUGUUCUGAUCAUGGUGGAUCCAGAUGCACCUAGUCGAGCAAAUCCAAAAUACCGUUACUGGAGACACUGGCUUGUCACCAAUAUCAGAGGAGCUGACUUGAAGACUGGGAAGGUGCGAGGCCGUGUUUUAGCAGACUACAUUCGACCUACUCCACCAUCUCAUAGUGGAUACCACCGCUAUCAGUUCCAAAUAUAUGAACAGCCAGAACAUGAAGCAAUAGCCUUAAGCACAGAAGAAGAAACAUCUUCAGGUUCCUGGAACAUGGAUAACUUUGUGGAUCGGUUUCAGCUGGGAGCACCUGUGGCUUCAACCCAUUUCCUCACUAAGCACUACGGAGACUAGCAGUGACAAUAAAACCCUCUGUUAUGAAACACUUUGGCUUGCAUCCUCUCCCCUCUUCAGAGCACAAGAUUUAGUAAUCUCUCUUCAUUCAGCACUAACUUGCCAGUUCAGAAAGCUGCAUGUUGCUCACUUUGAUUUACACACCGUAGGACUCUAGCUUCUUUCUGCAAAGCUGCCCCAUGGUGUGAAGAAGAUGGUGUCCGCAGCUCUAGCUAUCCAACAAUCCAACAGUUCAUAAUUACUGAACUUGUCUAAUUGUGUGCUUCAGGUUCUUUUCCUAUUAAUAUAGAUGCAUGAAGACAGCAGUCCCAUCACACAUAACAUCCGUUUCAGCGUGUGCACCCUUUCCCUGUACCAGCUAAAGUUGCCAGGGAUGGUACUUCCCUUCCUCAUGUCCUUUCCCAGCAGAAUGAACUGUAGCUCUUUCUAUUUGUGUAUGCAUGUUUUCCUCCUUUAAAUAAACACCUGUUAUAUAUCUCAGCAGUCACAUUAAAAAAUGGAGACAACAGCAUUCUACUCUAGUUUCUCUAUUUCUUAUACUGCAAGGUCAGAAAAUAAACUCCUUCUUGCUGAA